UCGCACCGGUCACUUUCACUUUGUAUUUGCUUCGAAUCUUUGGUGUUUUUCGAUCAUUUUCGUUUGGCUGAAAGAAGUGAAGAUGUUUAAAUCCGUGAUCUUUUCUGCAGCAUUGGUGUUCAUGCUAUCUUUGUUCAAUGCAAAGAUGUUAACUGUCCGAAAAAAUCAUGAUCCAGGAAGUUGUUCCGAAUCAAAUCAUGGCGAACUGAAAUUGGUAAAAGAUCGUGAAAAUAGAGAUACCAUAUUAGUUUGUACUGAAUUUGAUGAAGUUUUUAGUUGGAAGACGACUGACAAUUCUAAACCACCCGGUGAAUAUUUUAACCCGGGUUACGACUGCCUGGAUAUUUUAAACAAGAACCCAAAAUCGAAAGAUGGAUUUUAUUGGGUGAAUUUCAAUGCAGGAAAACCUAAAAAGGUCUACUGUGACAUGACAACAGAUGGUGGUGGGUAUAUAUUGUUUGGUUACAUAAAUGGCACUGUCACAUGGGGCGUCCCAUCAAAUAAUGAAACUGUUCAACCAUUUGGUGAUCCACGCUGGUCCAGUGAGUUUGGCGAUGUUUCUGUUUUGGAUUUCAGAAUUCAAGUUGCUUCGGAUAAUGACAUGAAAGAAACAAAGGCUCACUGGGCAUUUCGUUUCAAAACCAAACGUGUCUUGAAGAAUUUGAUGAUCGUCGAUCAAGGAGGAUGUCCAAACAAUUUCCCUGGUAUUGGAGAUGUAUCUUAUGUCAAAGAUUUGAUGACGGGUGAAAUUGUUUCGAAAGAUUUCCCUUGCUCAAUAUUUGGACCAUACUCUUAUCCCACUGCGAAAAUUGGUUGGACGAUGAUGAAUCUUUGUUUGGAAAAACCAUGUCCAAAUGGAUUUGCUUACCAUCCGUUGAUUCCAAUCCAGCUUGAUUUCUCGGGAGGAUUCAGUUAUAUCAGCCUGACAAACAGUUCAACAUCUAGUGGAGGUUCAACCGCAUUUUUUGGUUGCGAGAAAAGCAAGUGUUGUGCAUGUUAUGGACCACGUGGUGGAAGAAAUGUUUACUGUCUUGAAGAAUGUCAAGCAACAAAUGGUGGUACAAUAACAAAACAUGCAUCAGCUUGGUUCUGGGUCAGAUCAAAUCCUCCUCGUAAAGUUUGGGAAAAAUGUAUGGAGUAUAAAAGUGAGGAGGAGAGUGGUGAUAGUGCCUGGUAUAAAUUGGAAGGAGAUAGAAACAUUCCUGUCAAGGGAAGAUGCGGAAAGAGCGAGGCACUGAUGAAUGAUGGUGUGCUGCUCAUUGAAGAUGGUAAUAAUUUAAAGGACGUUCCAGCAGUCAGUGGUUUGCUAGUAUAUCGGAAAGAUGAUCACAGUGUGAAUGUCAGAAGUAACGAAACAUGGGAACCUCUUGUCAAAGACAAAAAGGUUUCUGACAUUGACAAAAGGCUUUCAAGACUUACACAACUCGUCAAAAACAUGCAUUUUGGCUACUUGCCCUCUUGCUCAACACUGAAAGAAAAACAUGCAGAAUUCUCCAGUGGUAUCUACUCCAUUAACCCCCGCAGUCGUGAAUUGCCACCGUUUCCGGUUUACUGUGAUAUGAGUGCAAAACAAGGAGUUGGAGUCACCGAGUUUGGGCAUGAUAGCGAGACCAGAACGAAAGUCAGUGGCUUUGAGAAUGCGGGAUCUUACAGAAGAAAUGUUACUUAUUACAAUAAAAUGAGUGAUAUUGUGGCUGUGAUUAGUGUGUCGAAAAAUUGCGAACAGUUUAUAAGAUAUGAAUGUCAUUACACUUAUCUCAAGCCUAACUCCUAUGGGUGGUGGGUAUCUCGUCAGGGUAAAAAGAUGAAUUACUGGGGUGGAGCUGCAAUUGAUAGUGGCAAGUGCGCGUGUGGUAUGACAAAUAGCUGUGAGAAAAACAAAAUGUGCAACUGCGACGCAAUUUUGCGGGAAUUACGGGAGGAUAGUGGAUACCUGACGGACAGGAAAACAUUACCUGUUACAGAAUUAAGAUUUGGAGACACAGGAGCUGAUGGCGAAUAUGGUUUUCACACUCUGGGAAAACUUCGUUGUUGGGGUUGAUUAUCAAAAAGGCGGAAAAUUCAUUAACUUUUGCUGUUUUGUGCUGCAUAAGAAAUUCUUUCGUCGAAAAACUUUAUUUAGUGAUAUAGUGGAAAAGAGAACUAUGCAUUGAGAUAUAUUCCAUGAAAACCGUAAAAAAUCAUCAAUAUAUGAACCUAAUAAUUAUGAAAUCAACUAAAUUCUUUAUAAUUAUAUUAUAUGGGAAUCAUAGAAAAUUCUGGCCUCAUAUUGGUCACUGCAUGACCUCAGAUCAUUACUCUAUAAAAUCAGGCUGUAGAUUUAAAGUAAAUGUUGCACCUAAAUUAACGAAGAAGGGAAAAAAAUAGCGUAUACAAUUAGUUUCGCGGUAAAAAAUGUUAUAAUUUUU